GUUCACCGAUAUUUUGGAAGAGUUUAAAUAAUGAAGACAAUCAAGGAUGCAUGAUACAUAGUUCUGCAUUGUAUAGUAUUAUAUUGAAAUAAAAGCAUUGCCAUCUAUAAAACAGAGGAAUAUAUUCGUUUUUAAAGAGAAAAUCUAAUUCACGAAUGUCAGUAUUAGCGCUACCCCCAACUACAACUAUCAGCGAACAGGAACGUCCCCAUUGGAAGCUCUAGCGCGCAUGCUUCCUUGAAUGCGUAGCUAAUGGCUAAGGGUAAACUACAUAAACAGUCUAACCAUUUUUAUUUACAAUGACAGAAUAUGGAGAGGAAGAGGGAUUCAUGUUGCCUGUAGAUGACGGUUUAUUUGCUGAUACAUUUUCUGAUGAUAGCGUGUACAAAUUCAUCGGUCAAGAGUUAAAGAUCAGCCAGGUGUUCAGCGCCAACCUCGGCGUGGCAGCGCCAGUGUGGGACGCGGCGCUUCAUCUAUGCCGCUAUUUCGAGGAAAACUCGCUCAACCUGAAGGGAAAGCGCAUCAUUGAGUUGGGCGCAGGGACUGGCAUUGUUGGCAUUUUGGCAGCACGUUUGGGAGCGGAUGUGACCUUGACAGACCUCCCCCUUGCUGUCCCACAACUGCAAAGCAACGUAUCAGCCAACAUGCCGUCCUCCGGCUGGCCUUCUGUUGCCCCCUCCGUCCUCCCCCUCUCCUGGGGCCAGGACCAGCACAUCUUCCCCAUGGACUGGGACAUGGUACUGGGUGCAGACAUUGUGUACCUGGCUGAGACUUACUCCCUCCUGCUGGACACACUGGUUCACCUGUGCAAGGAUGGGGCCGUAGCGUACCUCUCAUCCAAGAUGCGAGGAGAGCACGGAACACCUGGAUUCUACAGAGACACUCUGCCACAGAGGUUCCAUGUAAAGCUGGUGCACCGCGACCCCACACAGAACAUCAACAUCUACCGCGCUACUCUGAGAGGGAAGCAGUGACAGAAAUGAGACUGGAUAGGACUGGGAGACUGUGAUGGACUGUAAAAUAGGUUUAGACUUGGAGGAGAACCACACAACAGUGCCUGACUCUCUGAACCCUCUGGUUAAGAGGGAGUCUUCUAGAUAUCCUCUCUGAAAAAACUUUGUGCAGGUGCUGGUACGAAAGAAUAGGCAACUGACACAAAAGGCUCCUCACUCUGAUUUUAGUGCUCCCAAAAGUGUUAUUAAUAAACAAAAUAUAGACCAAUAGGUCAUCAUCUUGAAUGAAAAGAUCUGUAUGGUCUAGUAAGAAACAGAGAUAAAAUAAUACUUUUGUGGGCAGUAAAAGUAUUUUCCUGUCUUUGUCAGGUUACUACAGUCAAAUCAAGUUGUGUUUGAUCCGGUUUGAGGACGUGCUAUAUUGUACAGGUUGACGGGGUUGAUUACUGGGAAAACGUUGUUUAUACCAUCCACUUGCAGAACUUUUCUGGCAACAUUGACAGAUUCUGCCCCCCCUCCCUCCGCCUGUACGUACUUCAUCCCCUCACUCUCCUGCUCUCUGCUGAUGUGCAGAGUUUCUGUUUAGAAAAGAAAAGCCUGUUUGUUCCGCUGGAGAGUUUCAAAGAAAGAGAGACCGGCCGUCCUACCCCCCCUCCACCUCUCUCUGUGCUAUAGCUCACCCGACAAAACAACAGAUCCCUAUCUAUAUUCACAGUCUGCUCUCCACCAGUGGUCCACAGGGUCCCCAUACAAGAAACUGUCAUUCAUUGUGCGUGUAAUAAUCCUUUGAUCAACAUUGUAAUGAUAAUGCCCAAGCAAGUUGUACAAAAAGUAACCUGUGGUACAACAUAAAAUACAAUGUUAUGCGUUAAUUUCCUAUGCCUAUGGUGCCUGUAAGAUACAUUAUUUCUUUUUCAAUUAUCAAAUGAUUGAUUGAGAAGCAACACUUCUGAGAAAUAAAGUUAAAAUGUAUACAACU